CGCGUCAAUCUCUCGCCUCACCACCCAUCCGCCAUGUCCUUCUAUUUGGCAAUAGUCUCGCCGCUCGACACCCCGCUCUUCGAACUAACCUUCAACAGCAGCAAGCCCGCUGCCCCCAGCAGCGCGACGUCGGCGAGCUUCAGUUGGUCAAGCUUCAACGGCACAGAGGCGACGCCAACGCCGUCGGGGCUCAACCUCGGCCUCGUCACGGGUCCCGGCGGCGAGCGGCAUCUCCUCCAGAUGAUCGCGCAUGCGGCGCUCGACACGGUCGAAGAGGUGGCGGAAGGGACGGGGAGUUUAUACCUCAAGAACGUGGACAAGCAUAAUGAGUGGAUGGUGUCUGCGUUUUUGGCGACGAAUGUCAAGCUUGUGUUGUUGCACGACACGAAGAACGACGAUGGGAUCCGGCUGUUCUUCGGAGACGUGUGGGAGACUUAUGUCAAGGCCGCCCUCAACCCCUUCCACACCGUCAACACACCGAUCCGCAACCCCCUCUUCGAAGCCAAGGUGCGCGCCUCGGCACGAAAAUACCUCUAGACGUCUACUUGAUGAUAAUGCAUGUUCUUCUAUUUUUACGCAAA